UGUGUGUAGACGGCGUAGGCCCCAGUAUACAGGCGGUCGAAUACACGCACGCACGCUACGUGUCGAGGACUAGCAGAGGAGAAAACGCCGUUUUAAAACUUGUACAAUGUGACACAUGUGAUUUGGACUAACACGGAUUAAAAUCUCGAGGUCACAUAAAUAUCAAUCUGGCGCCAAUAAUGAAGAAGCCGGGUGCCGGCUCCAGCAAGAGCGGGCUAGGUUCCAUCGGCAAAAGUGGGCUUGGUGGUGGGAAGAGCGGAGUCACGUCAAGCAAGGGAAAUGUAAUGGGCUCUUCAAGUAAAACUGGAAGUUCCACCGCUAAAAGUCUUAGUUCUACUACUAAAAGCUCCUUAAGUCCUAUAAGUAAGAGCAGUGGAACAUCGAUAUCGAAAAGCGCUAGCCCUAAAACAUCGAAAUCAUUCGAUUUCUCACCGAGUAAAUCAAAGCCUCUCAUCCCGUCGUCACCAAAAAGCUACCCGUCUUCUUCUUCGUAUAACGUAUACGGAACACCUAAAAGUGGAAAAUCUACGACCUUUGGCAUUAUCUGGAUUCCAACCGGCAAACGCAACAAGAAGAAGGACAUUGUGCUCAACUACAAUAAUGACGAUCGACGACGCGAGAGAUCGCCCUCUUUUUACAAACUCAUGUCUGGUGAUUCUCAUGACACAACUCACAAGAAGACUGAUGAUGAGUCGGGCCUAUUAGUUAGCCCGGAUCGCAAGUUACCUACAGCCGCAAUAGCUGCUACAGAAACGGCGGUGGCAGCGAAUAUUACAACUCCCAACUUAGAUGAGAAACAGCAUCUAAUAAGACAAGACAAUGAUGAAACUAAAGAGGCAGCUGGUGAUACAAAGGACAAUGAAGACACUGAUGGUGAUAAAGACUAUUUAAGCAAUGAGGAACCCGUAAGACAUAAAUUGCCAGACACCUCUGAACCGGACAGUGUGUACCUCCGGCCUCCACCUCCGCACAAAGCUCGCUCAACUACCUCCACACGUGAAGAAGACAGCUGUGGCAUUAAGUGUCUAUAUUAUACUCUGCAAUGCUGUGAUUGUGUUCUUAUGUAAGCUGCUAUACAUUUUAGAGGUAGGUAUAUUUGUAAAGGCCUGGAGUCAAUAGGAAUGCCAGUGUUUGCAAUUGUCAUUGAAUAUUGAAUGUAAUGGUAUAUUUGCUUGCACAAUUUGUAAGGCUGCUCUUAGUUUUAGUUCAUGCAUAAAUAUAUUAGUUUAAAAUAAGCCAUUCAAGAAACAAUAUUCCUAAACACUUGUGAUAAUAACUAAUCAGAGAUCUACUUUUUAUAAAUUCAUGUUUUGACUUCUCAUGAGAUCUUUAUAUUAUACUUAAGGUUAUUAAGUAAACAAGAUGGAAUUACCUGUGGACACUAUUGUAUGGAGCUAUUUUUGGGUCCUAAUGGGUAAUGGUGCUAUAUGAAUCCAAUACACUGUACUGUAUCAUAGUUAGUGUAUUGGAUUCACAGGGUACAAUGGUGUAAAUCUAUUACUUGAUUAGAUGCUUCUAUCAUGAGUUUACCAGACUGUAAACGCCUCUGUGAGCUUUAUAUAGUUUAUACAAUAAUUGUUAGUUUAAAUGUGGACCAUUUGAUACAGAAGACUCCCGUCAAGCACAUUUACAUAAGGCUUACAUUAGAAGCACAGUCAGAUAAGUGCUAACUGUGGCGGUGUACAGUUAGCAUCAAAAAUAGCAGAUGAAACAACACACCAAAAAAAAGUAUCUGAUAUUCCGGAUAAUUUUAUUAAAUGUAGAUAAACCUCUAACAUUCACGUUCAAAAGUAUAUAUUUUACAGUUUUAAUUGUUCUACAUAUAUAACCAUCACUUUUUGUUUAGCUGUUACUGAAUGGUAGAUACUUUUGAAGCGUUGUUUGAUCUGCUACUUUUGAUGCUGACUGUACAUAGUUUCAUGUUGACUGAUUGUCGCUUGCUAUAAGCAAAGAUUCAUCGAUUGUAUUACAUGUGUAAUCUGGGGUCGGCAACCCGAGGCUCGCGAGCUGCAUCCAGCUCUUAGUUGCAACUUCAGAUCUAUCCAACACCCAAAAUAUUAUUAGUAAGCUUAGACCACUAAAAUCAAGAUUUAUGACUGUACGAUCCUAAAACUCUAAUUUCUGCUGUGGUCUUCCCUUCAAACGUUUGCCGAUCCCUGGUCUAAAAAAAUCGUAUAGGUAACCCUAGUUGUAGCUGUCAAAUUGAACCACCACAAAUUUGCACAAGCAUUUUUGUGCUGAAUAUGCUUGUGCAGCUCAGUGGUGGAGUCCCGCCUUUAGACAUCAAACACAACAUCAAUGAAUAUUUGCUGCGAGUCACAAACUAUGAGCCUAAUGUGAAUGUGCAUAAGAUUAGUAGUCUUCUUUUGUACAAAAAAAGGAUGAAUUGUAGUUGAUAUAUGUUUUGAGUAAGUAUGUACACCCUUUUGUACUGCCAGUAAAUAAACUGUUUACCUGAUGAAGUGUAAAAAAUAUUUUAGUAUAAAUAAAUAAAAAUAUGCGAUA